AUGGCAUCAUCUUCAAUAAAUCCAUCAACAUCAUCAGAUAAUAAUAAAUUAAACCAAUUAUCAGAAACUCGUAAUGAAGGUGAAAAAGAUUUACCUUUGUCUUCUUCAAAUGUCGAAGAAAUAAUAGAUGAACCGAGUGUUAACAUCAUCACACGCCGUCCUCAAGAACAAGAUAAUGAAAUUUCAUCAGAUGUGAUUCAAAAAAAAAUUAGUGCACCUUUAAAAGCUGCUUGUAUUAGCAGUACUGUUCUAGCACGUGAUUCAUUAUUUAGAGAAAAAAGAAGUGCUGCAACUUUUGCACGACCAUUUGAAGAAUUUCUGAUCGGACAACCAAAUACAGAUGUGCCGCCUGGGACAUUUACAAAACCUAAUGAGAAUAAAUCUUCAUUUACGAAAAAACCUUCAUAA